CAGGAAACCGCACUGUCUCAAGUCGCGUGCAGACUCUAUACGACAACCGCACCUCUCUUAUUCGGCAAGACGACUGCCGCGGGUUCGGUCGCAUAUCUCCCCAACUCCGUUAGAUGCCGAUCGCCGCAAAGCGGCGCGCGCUAAACAACCAGAGUGAAAUGAUGGAGCCUGACGCUGUAACUCUAAAUGUUGGUAGGAGGUGGGCGAUAAGCCCAUUUCCCAUAGCAUAUAAUGCUCAACAGAGCGUCACGAGACGCCCACUCAUGAUGUCUGAGAAGGGCUCAAUCCACAAAGAUUCGCUUUCGCCCGUCCGGUCGCGGAGCGGGGACGACCACCUUGCCGUGCGACUCCCGGCCUCUCUCGCAACUCUCACCGAGGAGGAGCGCGAGGCCGCCGCGAAACGUGCAACCCGCAAGGUCGACAUCAUGCUCAUCCCCGCUCUGACGCUUCUGUAUCUACUCAAUUUUCUGGACCGACAGAACCUCUCGUCAGCCAAGGUCGCGGGCAUUGACAAGGAUCUGGGCCUUACGACGCAGCAGUACGCGACGUGCGUUGCUGUGCUCUUCGCGGGCUACGUCGCCCUCCAGAUUCCCUCCAACAUGAUCGUCGGGAAGAUCAAGUAUCCUGCCUACUACCUCUGCUUCAACGCGAGCCUGUGGGGCAUCGUCAGCGCCUGCACGGGCGCCGUGCAGAGCUACGCGGGCCUCGCUGUAUGCCGCACCAUGCUGGGCGUAGUUGAAGCUGCCUUCUUCCCCGGCGCCGUCUUCCUGGUCUCCCUUUUCUACCCGCGCCGGCAGAUGGCGCUGCGCACCGCGGCAUUCUACACCGGUUCGCAAGUAGGUAACGCCUUUGGCGGUCUCUUCGCCAUCGGUAUCCUCAAGCUCGACGGGGUACACGGCCUCGCGGGCUGGCGAUGGCUCUUCAUCGUCGAGGGCGCGAUGACGUUCGGCGUGGCGAUACUUUGCGCAUUCAUUAUGCCCAACCGCCCCGAGACGGUGCGCUGGCUCACGCCUGUAGAGCGUGACAUGCUUCUGUGGCGCCUGGAAAGCGACCGUGGAACAAAGGACGAGAAUGACGAGGUGUCUGUGCUUGCGGCGCUCAAGAUGGCGCUUUGCGACCCCAAGACGUGGCUGCUCAACCUUACCCUUCAGUUCGGCUUCAUCGCGGCGACGGUCACGAACUUCUUCCCCAUCGUUGUGCAGGGCCUCGGCUUUGACCGUUCCACCACGCUCGCCAUUACGGCUCCGCCGUACAUUCUGUGCGCAGUCGGCUUGAUCAUCAACGGCUUUAGCUCGGAUCGCACCCGCAACCGUUCGUACCACAUCGCCAUUCCCAUGUGCUUCACGCUUGUGGGCAAUAUUAUCGCCGUGGCAACCACCAAAACGGCCCCGCGCUACUUUGCCAUGUGCCUGCUUCCCUUCGGCUUCUACGCCGCCUCGACGAUUAUCCUGUCGUGGGUCGGGGCCAAUAUUACCGGCCCAAGUGCCAAGCGCGCCAUCGUGUACUCGAUUAUCAACGCGUUCGCGCAGACACCCAAUAUCUGGAGCUCGUAUCUGUACUUCUCGCCUCCACGCUUCGUGCCGGCCUUCAGUGUCGACCUUGUUGCCAGCGCGCUGUGUAUCGGGAUGGCUGUAGUUACAAGGUGGUACUUCAAGCGGGAAAACCGCAAAAUGGACGAAGGCAGGUAUUUGGGGCGGCAUGGUCCCAGUGCAGUCCAGCUUGCUGCCGGGUAUAGGUACCAGUUGUAGCGCUGUACGUUGAGAUAAGAUGAGAUGCGAUGAGAUGCAGCA